AUGUUUGAGGUUGUGAAAUUCACUUUUAGUCGCCUCCCCUUUCCUAAGGAUUUCCCUUCUGAUUACCAGAACCUUUACAAUAGAUCAUCCCUGGAACUGUCCAGUGUGGCUGAAGCGCAUCUGCUAAGGAUUUUUUUGAUCGAGAGGGUUGAAUGGGAGAAAUAUGCUAAAGUUUAUGAUAACCUGAAGUAUAAGCACUCAAAGGUUCAAGAAGCUCUCACUAAACUCCAAGAAGUAGUAAUGACCUUGGUGCAUGAGAUUGAUGAUUUGAAGGUUUUAUUUAGAAGAGUGGAAGUAGAGGCGUGA